UUUCCGCGGAGGCGCGCGCCCGGCCAGUUCUUAAUUUAAAAAUAAAAUACUAUUCAGCCAGAAAUCCAUUUUAUGUUCGAUUUAUACGGCCAAUACAUUUUUUAACUAUAAAACGUUUAAUUCCAGUGUUUUAAUGUUAUUUGUGAAGUAUGUUUAAAAAUAGUGUGUAUUUACUUAUAGCUAGUGCAGAAAAGCUCGUAUUUCGGUGACAAAUCGCGUCGACCUUAACGCUUGACAGUCGCUUUCGCGGUUUUUAUCACGUGUGAUUAUUAUUAUCUGUGACGCUAGUGAUAUUCUGAAUAAAUGAGGUAAGAAUGGCGGAUCAAGUUCAAGUAACCGAUGCCACGACGCCGGACGCCGAGGCGCCAGACACUGGCCAGGCCGCCGCCAAGCCACAGCCACGGAAACAGGCAAGGCCAAGAGGGAAGCCACAACCAGAGAAGCCUGAAAGAAGUCUGUUCUGUCUAGGGAAAAAGAAUCCGAUAAGAAAAUUUUGCUAUGACGUAAUCGAAUGGAAACCGUUCGAAUAUAUGAUAUUGACAACGAUAUUCGCCAAUUGCAUAGCGCUGGCUGUCUUCACCCCCUACCCUGCAGGGGACACAAACAACACAAAUCAAAUAUUGGAAAAGGUGGAAUGGAUCUUUAUGGCCAUCUUCACCUGCGAGUGCGUGAUGAAGAUUAUAGCUUACGGAUUCCUGUUUCAUCCUGGCGCCUAUCUCAGGAAUACUUGGAACAGUCUCGACUUCACUAUUGUGACGAUUGGUAUAGCCAGUCAGAUACUUCAAAACAUUUCAAAAGACCUAUUCGAUGUAAAAGCAUUGAGAGCCUUUAGAGUGCUUCGUCCUCUGCGAUUGGUUUCGGGAGUUCCAAGUCUUCAAAUCGUGCUCAACUCAAUAUUGAAGGCGAUGGUGCCAUUAUUCCACAUCGCGUUCCUCGUGUUGUUCGUCAUCAUCAUCUACGCUAUCAUAGGACUCGAGCUGUUCUCGGGUGUUUUGCAUGACACCUGUUUUGACAACGUCACUAAGAAGAUGGUGGAAGAGCCAACUCCGUGCUCCAGAGACGCCGAUGUUGGUAAUCACUGUGAGGAGGGUCAGAUCUGUCGUGACUAUUGGCUUGGACCAAACUUCGGGAUCACCAACUUCGACAACAUCGGAUACUCCAUGCUGACGGUGUUCCAGUGCAUCACACUCGAGGGCUGGACAGACAUUAUGUACGCCAUAGCAGAUGUAAAAGGCAACACGUGGGUGUGGAUAUAUUUUGUGUCAUUGGUUAUUUUUGGAAAUUUCUUUGUUAUGAACCUUAUUCUUGGUGUCUUAUCUGGAGAAUUCUCGAAGGAAAGAGAGAAGGCAAAAAAUCGUGGAGAUUUCCAGAAAUCUCGUGAAAGGCAACAAUUCGAAGAAGAUCUGAAAGGAUAUUUGAACUGGAUCACUGUUGCCGAGGAGUUGGACCUUGAGAAUGAUCAAGGACAGAAGGAGGAAGAUCGAGACGCUCAAGGAAACAAAAAGGAGCGCAGAAGUAAUGAUGGCUCCCAGAGUAACGUUAACGGAGACCCGCCAACCACAGUUUCUUGCAAGAUAUAUUGCAGACGAUUUGAUAAGGUGAACCGUCGUAUGCGUCGCGCGUGUCGCAAGGCGGUCAAGUCCCAGACGUUCUACUGGGCUAUCAUCGUACUCGUCUUCCUGAACACUUUAGUGCUGGCCACAGAACACUACGGUCAAGAACCCUGGCUAGAUCACUUCCAGAAUUAUGCAAACGUGCUGUUUGUGGUCCUGUUUUCCACUGAGAUGCUCGUCAAGAUGUACGCUUUGGGAUUUCAGGGCUACUUCGUGUCUCUCUUCAAUCGAUUCGACUGCUUCGUGAUGGUGUGUUCUAUUGUGGAGCUUGGCCUCACGUACACCAACAACAUACCGCAGCUCGGUAUCUCCGUGUUGCGAUGCGUUCGGCUGCUGAGGGUCUUCAAGGUCACCAAGUAUUGGCGAUCUCUAUCAAACCUCGUGGCGUCUCUUCUAAAUUCGAUCCAGUCAAUUUUCUCUCUCCUCCUUCUCCUCUUCCUCUUCAUCAUGAUAUUUGCCCUCCUUGGCAUGCAGGUAUUCGGUGGAAGAUUUGACUACGCAGCGGAAGAACAAAAAGAGAGACAUAAUUUUGACUCCUUCUGGCAGGCCGUGCUGACAAUGUUUCAAAUUCUAACCGGCGAGGAUUGGAACGUCGUGAUGUAUCAUGGCAUCAACGCGUACGGAGGCGUCGGCACGCCGGGCAUGUUGGCGUCUAUAUACUUCAUCAUAAUAUUCAUUUGCGGCAACUAUAUUCUUUUGAACGUGUUCUUGGCUAUCGCGGUCGACAACUUAGGUGACGCUGAAGAUAUGGAUGAAGAGAUUGUUAAGGAGAAGGAGGACGCUGAUAAUCCAGAAGCAGGUAAUCCACAACUGGAUGAAGAAAGAGGUGAGACAGACGACGAGUACGUCAACGAAGAAGAAGGGUAUUCCAGUGAGGGAUCGGAACAUGAGUAUGAGGAGACGGGUUCGGAGGAAGACGUCGAGGGAGAGGAACAGGACCAGGGAGACAACGCCAAUAACGCACUAGUAGCUGUUGAAAAACAAAAUGGCGAUAUAAAAAAAGCAGAUUCUCCGCCCAAGCGACAACCAACAAUAUCGGCUCGACCGAGAAGACUCUCCGAGGUGGAGAUCAAGACCCAGGAGAAGCCGAUACCUGAUGGCAGCAGCUUUUUCAUCUUUUCUAAAACUAAUUGGUUCCGAGUCACGUGUUACAAAAUACAAAACAAUUCUUGGUUUAGAAAUUUGAUUCUGCUUUGCAUUUUGGCGUCGUCACUGAUGUUGGCAAUGGAAGAUCCCGUUGGGAGGAAGGGCAAUGAGAACUGGAGUGAAAUGCUUCGUAAGAUCGACUACGUGUUCACAACCGUGUUCACGGUCGAGCUGGUGUUGAAGCUGAUCACCUACGGGUUCAUCUUCCACAAGGACGCCUUCUGUCGGUCCGCUUUUAACUUGUUAGAUCUGCUGGUGGUCAUCGUGUCGCUUAUAUCCUCGAGCGGUAACAAUAAUGUGUCAUACAUAAAGAUUUUGAGAGUAUUCCGAGUGUUGAGACCGCUCAGAGCCAUCAAUAGAGCGAAGGGAUUAAAGUAUGUUGUCAAGUGCGUUUUUGCUUCCAUAAAAUCAAUUGGCAACAUCUUCCUCAUAAACCACAUGUUGCAAUUCAUGUUCGCGGUUGUCGGUAUACAAUUAUUCAAGGGUAAAUUUUGUCAAUGCACAGAUAAUUCCAAAGUGACGAGAGACGAGUGUCAAGGUUCUUAUCUGAUAUACGAGAAUGGUUCACCAAAGAUCAAAGACAGGGUAUGGAUACGGAAUAAGUUUAAUUUCGAUGACGUCCUGAGUGGGAUGUUGACUUUGUUCACCGUAUCCACGUUCGAAGGAUGGCCGGGCUUAUUGUCAACCUCGAUGGACUCCAAUGAGGAGAACCAUGGGCCGGUAGAGAACUCUCGACCGCUGGUGGCGUUCUUCUAUAUCAGCUACAUCAUUGUGAUAGCAUUCUUUAUGGUUAAUAUUUUCGUGGGUUUCGUCAUAGUAACAUUCCAAAAGGAGGGAGAACAGGAAUUCAAGGAUUGUGAACUAGACAAGAAUCAAAGGAAUUGUAUCGAGUUUGCCCUCAAAGCUAAACCUGUCAGGAGGUACAUUCCCAAGCACCGCAUCCAGUACAAGACCUGGUGGUUCGUGACGUCACAGCGCUUCGAGUACGUCAUUUUCUUCUUCAUCGUCCUGAACACCAUCGCUCUGAUGAUGAAGUAUCACGACGCCAAGCCGGACUAUAAAAGAGUCUUGGAUUAUCUGAAUAUGAUACUGACGACAGUUUUCAUGUUGGAGUUCGUGUUUAAGUUGGCUGCCUUCAGAUUCAAGAACUACUUCGGUGACGCUUGGAACACGACGGAUUUCAUUCUGGUCGUCGGUAGCAUUAUAGACAUUGUUGUCACACAGGUUAAUGAGUAUAAAGAACCGAAUGAGUUCGGCUCAACGAAGGAAAGUAAAGAGGUACACGAUAAUGGAACACAUUUAAAAUACAUAGCAUUCUUCCGAUUAUUUCGUGCAAUGAGACUUAUAAAGCUUUUGUCUCGGGGCGAGCGGAUACGAACGUUACUGUGGACAUUCAUAAAGUCUUUCCAAGCCCUGCCGUAUGUCGCCUUAUUGAUUGUCUUGUUGUUCUUCAUCUACGCGGUGGUCGGUAUGCAGUUGUUCGGCAAAGUUCAGGAAGACGAUGAAAUAAUCACGAGGAACAACAACUUCCAAACAUUCGGCGGCGCUUUGAUGGUGUUGUUUAGAUCAGCCACAGGCGAGGCAUGGCAGGAGAUAAUGAUGGCGUUGUCACCAAACGACUCGGAGCACCCUGGCGAGCCGGUCGGCUGUCUGCAUGAUGAAGGGGAUCCGCCCUCGGAGGAGAGCUGCGGCACGCGCCUCGCAUACCCUUACUUCAUAUCCUUCUCGUUGUUGUGUACUUUCCUGAUUAUUAACUUAUUCGUGGCUGUCAUUAUGGACAACUUUGAUUAUUUGACACGAGAUUGGUCCAUUCUCGGACCUCAUCAUUUAGACGAAUUUGUGAGACUUUGGAGUGAAUACGAUCCAGAUGCUAAAGGAAGAAUUAAACACCUGGACAUAGUGACGUUGUUAAGGAAAAUAAGUCCACCGCUGGGUUUCGGUAAGCUGUGCCCUCACAGGACAGCUUGCAAGCGUCUCGUGUCCAUGAACAUGCCUCUCAACUCUGACGGUACCGUCAACUUUAACGCCACAUUGUUUGCCGUCGUAAGAACUCAGCUGCAGAUAAAAACCACGGGUGUGAUAGAUGAAUGCAAUACUGAAUUACGAGCCAUCAUAAAGAAGGUAUGGAAGAGGACCUCGCCGAAGCUCUUGGACCAGGUGGUACCACCUCCCGGGGAUCCUAACGAGAUCACCGUCGGGAAGUUUUACGCCACCUUCCUCAUACAAGAUUACUUCCGAAGGAACCAUGCAUUCCGUAAACGCAAGGAGCAAGCUGCUGCGGCGUCGGUUCAGACGAACCAGAUGACGUUACAAGCCGGUCUUAGGACGCUGCACGAGGCUGGACCAGAACUCAAGCGAGCCAUCUCCGGGAACCUGGACGAGGUCGUCGCCGAAACCGUAGAACCAAUGCAUAGACGUAAUCACACACUUUUCGGCGCGGUGUGGACGAGCAUCAAGAAGGGGCGGGAGAGCUUCUACCAUCCCCCGCCCAAUAGAGUCAAAACGACUUCGAAUGGGAAGAAAGAGGGUCAGUCGUUGAGUUGGAUGAUGCAGAGAGAGUUGGGCCUCGAUGGAAAAAUCCCAGAAGACGAAAAUAAAUUUGAAGACAUCAACCACAGUGACGGCGAAGAAGAGAUAGCUAUGCAACCCUUACUGCACGGGAAGGAUUCCGAGAAGAUAUUCAAAGUUAUCGAAAAAACAUCCAACGAUUUAAUGCAGAGUUUGAGAAACAACUAUCGUGACAGGAUGCCACAAAACAGAAACAACGUGCCUUAUUGUGUAGAAAACCCAGCGGAAAAUCUUAUUACUCGUGUUCUAACGGAGCAGGGUCUGGGCAAGUACUGUGACCGCGAGUUCGUCGCCAGCACCGCCCGGGAGAUGCAGGACGCCCUCGACCUCACGCAGGAGGAAAUGGAUGCCGCUGCUAAUCAAAUUAUUUUGCAAGAAAGAAACAUGAACCGGUCCCAAAGGCCUGAUGAUGUGGAGAGCAUUCUGUGUCGUCAGUACCACCCGUUUCACCAGCCAGCCAUUCAUCCACCGGCGAAGCAGAAAUAGAUGAAGGGUCUCAGUGUUUGGUUCCGUCGUCCCUGGAUGGUUGACUCCGUCCAGGUGUUUUUUCGUCCCGCCUGAGGCAGGGCGGGCACUUUUUGUGGAAUAUUUUUAAUUCUCGCUUUAUGUCCCCCAAGGCCCAAGUUUUAGUGGGUUUUGGGGGGAAAUCUAUAGGUCAUUUUGGGUAAACCUAUAGGUUUGAUGUGGUUUUGAUUUUCUAUUUGUUUAGCUUUAAUGGUGCCGGUCGUUAUCCCUGUGAUCCCCAUUCUUAUUAACAUCCGCUCCGUGUGCUAACUCGUCAUAUUGUUUAAGUGUUGUGUUUACAUAUUCUAUGAAAGACAUAGACUUACGUGUAAUUUUCUUCGAGUAUUUAAAUAUAAAUCUAAUGUAUUUUUAAUAUAUGCAUUUUUUUCGUAUAUAACGAAUACUAAUAUGCAUUUUAUUUAUUAAAAUUAUUUAAUCUAGCUUCGCUUUAAAAAAGUAUCGCGUUCAUAAAGUUAUGUUAGGGACGUCUUAGCAAGGACUUGCAUGACUACACGAGGACGUGGCGGGUGCCUUAUAUUAAAAUAGAGUAACUUUCGUAUGGUGCCAAAAUUUAAUAUUUUGUAAUCUUUUAAAGUAACGGCUCCUAGUAUAUAUAUUGUUGUAUAUUUAUACAAUUGUUUAACCAGUUUGUAUUUUACGAAUGCGUUGGUUAUUUAAGAUUAACGUAAGGUGGUUCAGAAGUAUUUUUACAUUAAAACAAUUCUUUAAACUAUUUACACUUUAUUAUGUGAGUAGUUUGGAUCGUUUGUUUAAAAUUCUAAAUUUCAUAUGUAUGGCCGAAUAUAGUUUUGCUGGCUCAUAGAUUUUUGAUAACACACCGUUGCUUACACAUAAAAAGUGUAGUCUUUUCUAUAUUAAUAUUAUAUAUGAAAAAGAUUGUUUAGAAUGUUGAAUAUUAUGUUAUCGGUUUGUUAUGUGAAGAAUGAUUCUGGGUGCACUCUAGUCAAACGAAAUCGCUUCUAUUGUUUACUACUAAUGUACUUAAAAAUAUUUGGAUGUUGUAUUUUGUAUGGAAUAUUUUAAUUGUUAUGCAAAUAAAUAUUUUAAGGAAAA